GAAUGAAUCACAUAAAUCUACACACAAUCUGAUACAGCGAUGCAAUAAUUAAUCAGUGCAAAAUGUUGACAGCUUAAAAGGGCAUUAGAAGAUCUCUCGGAUUCCUUGCCAGUUUGUUGGAUUAGAGUCUUCAAGAAUCAAAAUUUGUUUUCAAGUAGAAAGCAAUUUUUUCUUCAUUUCUUAGAGUCUAAAUCAUACAGUAAAAGGAAUGGGAAGCAAUUACUUUGGUGAGCCAAACCUAGGAAAUGAAAGAGGAUCAUCUUCAUCAAGAAAAGGGAAAAAAAGCAAUUCAGAAAAGCCUAAACAACCUCAAAGAGGGCUUGGCGUUGCUCAGCUUGAAAAGAUUAGAUUGCAUAGCCAAAUGGGCUGCACCUACCUUCCUUCUUCUGUUCAUACCCCUUAUGCCCCAAAUUUCAGCCAGGAGGAUAUGAGACUUCCAACAGGCUAUUCAUCUUCGUCUACGUCCUUCCCAUAUUCAUCAUCAGUAGUAUCCUCCUCUUCUUAUGGAUUUUCAGGAACCCAAAACUUCAUGAUGGGAUUGCCAGACUCAGAAAGGGCAAAUAUCAAAUAUGAAGAUUCCCAACCGAGCAGUGCUUCAAGAUGGAAUCCAGGCGCUGCAGUAUCGGGAACCCAACAUUUUUCGCAGCCAAGCACGGCAAAGCACUUCUUCAACCUGGAAGUAGAGGAAUCGUUCAAUGGGAAGAAGAAAGGCAGGGGUCGUUCAAUGGGCUCAAGUAAUCAGAAUUCUGAAACAAGUGACACCCAAGAAAUAGAUUUGGAGCUCAGAUUAUAAGUUCAAACUACCAAUUUCUAAAACUUUAGCCGAUAGAUUUGUAAUUAAGUUGAGCAUCUUGAGUCAACUUACAAGCAAGUUUAAGCGUCUUGAUGCACUUGUCUUGUAAUUUGUACUGUAGUAGAAGUUACUUUGACAAGAAAUUUUUUAUCAAAUACAUUCUAUAACUUCUUUAUUACAGCAUGACUAUGAGAUAAUUCUCA